CAAGCACAAGGUCAACACCAAGAUCCACCCAUUGCUCCGGUGCAACCUAGCCUUGGACCCUCUAGGGAUGAGCCUAGAGUGUUUGGCCUUGACAAGUUCAACGGUGACAACUUUGCUGAGUGGUCCUUCAAGAUGGAGAACAUCUUUGACCACUAUGAUCUGCUGGAGUUGCAAGCAUGGGCCGUGGGCACGGCCGUGGAAGGGGCAGAGGGCGAGGAGGAAGAUUUGGCAGGAGUAACUUCAAUGGAGGCCGUGGUAAUGGAGUAUAUGGCAGCAACAACAACAACAAUGGCUACGGGCGUGGGCGCGGUCGAUUUGAUGGCGAAUGCCACUUUUGCCACAAGACCGGCCACAUGUGGAGAGAUUGCUACAGAUUGCCUGAUGGAUGGACCCCUUCUCAAGGCCAAGAGGGCAGAGGAGCAAGGGGAGGAAGAGGCAGAGGUCGUGGAGGCCGUGCGGCGUUUGCUAGCUGAAUUGGGGGAGGAGCAGCAAGGACCUACCCCACUCUACUGUGAUAGCCAAGGUGCUAUUGCAUUGGCUAAGAACCCCGUUCUUCAUGGCCUUACCAAGCACAUGAAGGUGAAGUGGCAUUGGGUGAGGAGCAUGGUAACCGCGGGUGAAGUGGAGUUGCACUACGUGAAGACGACGGCGCAGCCAGCUGAUAUGAUGACCAAGAGGCUGGUUGAGCAGCAGCAUUGGAAGUGUUGCAAGCUUGCUGGGAUGGCUCUGAACUAAGGGGAGCAGAUUCUAAGGCCAACAAUCCGAGGGGGAGUUUGUUGGUGCAACCCUAUGGAUUGCACUCGGCUUGUCGUCCUUGUUUGUGUGUGUGCAUGCAUGGCAUGGAAUGAAUUGUGAGUCUAUGU